UACGUUAAACUGACAGGAGAAUUCCGCAGGCCCAAAGGUACGGAGAUAAACGACGCUGGUCUAGGCGCGGAGACGGUGAAUUGUCUGGUUGGUUUUGAUCCAGAUCAGCCUUCGUGGAGGCAACCUCCAUCGCCUUCGAGGAGACGAAGACGAUCCUAGACCACGCGUUGUUACACAGUAGCGCGACUGCUCCGUGACUGUUGUAUGUAGCAGUUUGGGGAAGUGGGGGUGGAAAUCUAGCAUGCAAAGUCAGCCGCUUAUGAAGCAAAUAGCCGCAAACCCUUAGUGGCCUAGGGCUCCUAGAUCGAAGAACUAGAUAAGGUGCGGCAAAGUGAUAUUAUGCAUGAAUGUCAAAUUGCUUAUGGAAUCAUCUGUGAUGGAGCGAACAUAUGGGAAGCUUUUUUCCACCCAAUUCGGCGUUUGACGACCACAUCGAUCAGCCAUGGCUGUAGCAAAAGACCUAGAGCUAGCAGAGCAACCACUGCAGACCGAAGUCCGCCAACGGAAGAAGUCAGAUGACCAUGUACCUCCCGUCGCUUCAAGACCGUUCGCCGGACGCAUCGGAGGAAACCAAGAAUUCAUCCUCUCACCAAGCGAUUCCUCCUUCGACAAAGUCACUUCGAAAGCCCCCGAUGCCGCCGCGACAUUCUCCUGGAAACAAAGCUUCAGCCCGCGCGGCUUUGCCGAUGUCGAACUUUGGAAAGAAGCCACCAUCGAAGGGGUCGGAACAUGUCUGCUGAACUACCUGGCCGGACUAUACGCAAUUGGAUUGGGGCAGAUAGCAACGGCGACUUCGCUGGGGCCUGUUGCUCCAGCAGCAUUUGCGGCUGUAGCGAAUUUCCUGCUGAUUUCGCUUUUCAUCUUUGCUGGCGGUCCGGUCUCGGGAGGCCACUUCAAUCCGCUGAUUACGCUCUCAACGUUUACGGCAAGGCUCUCGGCAUUUCCGCGGACGCUGCUGUACAUUGUCUUCCAGUGCGUGGGCGCGGUUGUUGCGGGCUUUCUGCUGCGAGCCAGCCUGGGAAAGCCGAGGGCUGCGUUUCGAGGCUCUCCUGGCUGCUACAUUGAUACGGCGUUGGUGACGCCCGGAGAAGCGUGAGUGAUCGAAGUGGAUCGCAAUAUCCGUAUCAAGCUGAUUUGGAGAAGAUACGUCUUGGAGACUAUGACGUCCUUCGCGCUCAUAUUCAUCUCCUUUGGCGUCGGCCUUGAUCCGCGACAGAGGGAAGUUUUCGGUCCGGCAUUGUCUCCGAUUCUGGUAUUGGCCCCUCUCUUGUUGAGCCUCGACAGACGGCUAAUACAUGUAGGUCGGUCUGGCUCUAGGACUUUGUACUUUUGCUUCUGGAAUCGCUAGGGAAGGGUACUCCGGUUCUUGUAAGUUUAGACGGACACUCUCCAAGGAGGUCUCUGACGCGCUCAGCGAAUAACCCGGCUCGCUGCCUUGGGUUGAUGUCUGCGGCUGGUGAGUAUACAUAUGUCAGCCAUGUGUUUGAGCUGACACUUCUUAGGGAGUUUCGAUUAUCAUUAUAUCCAUUGGCUUGGAGAUGUAACGGCGGCGGUAUUGAAUGGGUUGAUG